AUGCAGGCGAGGCCCCUGCUCAACGAGGGCAAGACGGAGGCGCUGCUGGACCCGAGGAUCGUCGCCGGCGGCGAUGGCGGCUACGACGCCGAGCAGGCCCGGCGGCUGGCGUUCGUGGCGUCGCUCUGCGUCCGCGCGUCGGCGACGUGGAGGCCGUCCAUGACAGAGGUCCUGGAGCUGCUGGAGGGCGUGGAGAUCAAGGAGGAGCGGUGGGCGAUGCCGGAGCCGGCGGCCGGCGACGACGAGGGGGAGGAAAUGUGGGGCUUCGACGACCUCGACGACGACGACGAUGAGGAAUCCGGCACGCCCUCCCCUUUGUCAACAUCCUCAGCCUUGAGCACUUAG